AUGGUGGGACCCCUUGGCCUCUACCGCCGCCAUUCACACGGUGGUGGCAUUUUUCAAGCGUCGCUGGCGUACCUAGUGGCCGGGGUGUCCAUCGGCUGGAGCUCGCCGCUGGUGCCGCGGCUGCAGCAGAACACAUCGCACAUCGUCAUCACGGCGGACGAUGGCUCGUGGCUGGCGUCGACCGGCGGGCUGGUGGCGGCGCCGCCGUCGCUGCUGGCCGGCGUGCUGGUGGACGUGGUGGGGCGCCGAAGGAUGCUGCUCGCCUGCGCCCUGCCCUUCCUCGUCACGGCCGUCUGGCAGCGCUUCGCCUCCUCCUUCUGGGAGCUACUCGCCAGCAACAUUCUCUCCAGCAUUGCGGUCGGCUUCAUCAUCCCCGUGUUUCCUCUCUAUGUGGUGGAGAUAGCACAGGACCACGUCAGAGGGUUACUGGUCUCGCUUGGUCCGCUGAUGGCCGGUGUAGGCGCCUUCCUGAUGAUGAUUGUGGCUUCCUAUGCACCAUUCGACGGUGUUACGGAGUUCAUGAUGGCCGGCCCCAUCGUGUUUGUAGUGUCGUUCUGGUGGAUGCCGGAGAGUCCGUACUUCUUGGUUGCCAAACACCGCUCGCAAGAGGCAGCGCAAGCCCUGAUGCGGUUGCGUGGGAAAAGCUCGAAUAAAGAUGUAAUAGGCGAGUUGGAGGCCAUCCAGAGGGCCUUAGAAGAGCGCACCAAGAACGAGAUCAGCGCUGCGGACGCCUUCCUGGAACUGCGGAGGAACGCCGGAGCGCGUAGGGCCUUCGUGCUGUCGAUUACUUACGUGAUCGUGCUGGUGUUCGGAGGCAGCGCCACCAUGGGCGUGUACUCGACGCAGAUCUUCCAGACCACCGGCAGCUCACUAGACGCCAGCGUGUCGGCCAUCAUCCUCUGCGCCGUCCAGGUCGCCUUCAGCAUCCUCGGACUUCUCCUCGUGGAUCGAAUUUCCUACGACAUGGGAGGCAGCGCAUUACUGUGGGUGUUGAGCAACGAGCUGACUCCCGCGUCCGUUCGAGGUUUCUCCAACUCCUGCGUCGGCAUCCUGUUGUCGGUGCUGGCCUUCGGCAUCACCAAACUGUUCCAACUGGUCGAAGACUCCUUCGGAACCUACGUCCCCUUCUGGUUCUUCUCCAUAUCUUGCUUUAUCGGGGUCAUCUUUGCGUGGUUCUUCAUCCCAGAGACUAAGGGCCGUUCUCUGGAGGACAUCACUGCCGAGAUGAGCGCUAAGGCGGAAGGGCUCCCUCGGCUGCCGAUUCCCUCUCCACCAUCAGUGGAUACAUUUGAAUUCUCUGAACAGGAGGUGCUUGCAAAUCGCAUUAAUACUGUUCAUGCUUUGUUUCGACUGCAAGUAUGUGACUGCCGUGGGCAGUACUCGCAAAAUAGUCUUCAGCCAAUCUGCUGA